UUUGUUAUUGCAUUACUUCAUUCUCAUAUUCGUCGAGAACUAUUAAUACAUUCUCCAAUUCGUCGAGGGACAUUAUCCUUUGCGUGAAGAAAAAUACCAAAAAAACACGACAAAUAGAAACAAAGAAGGGAUGAAUUGAGAAUAGUUAUAAACAACAACAACAACGCAUUUACUAUAAAACAAGAAUUUCCAAUUUAUCGAAAGAAAAUUUUUAAACCUACCUUUUUUCUAAUUUUUAUUGAAAUCAAUCUCAAAUCAAGGCACGAUCGAUUUUGUGUGUGUUUCAAGAAGAAGAAGCAAAAAUAGAAAACAAGUUGAAUAAAAAAAGUGAAAUAGAAAUAACAGCAGCAACGAUAAUCAAGAAAAAAACAAAAGUUCAAACGUAAUUACAAAACAACAACUUCAACAUAGUAAAAUAACACAGAAAGUAAAGCAGAAAAAAGAACGCGCUGUCUUGUAAAAGUAAAAAAAAGCAAAGAAGGAAAGAAACGCUGAUCAAGUAAAAAGUUUCGUAGAAUUUUUGUGCAAUAAUUCAAAAUCAAAAUAUAUACCUACCUAUACAAAACAAAAAGUUUAAAAAACACUACAACUUCCUACUACAACUACCCAACAAAAAAAGCAAAUCGUUUAACGAUAAAAAAAACUACAAAUUGCAAUUUUAAAGCUAAGCUCAGUUGCUACAAAAAGAACCAAACUAAAAUUAAGUGAAAAUCACACAAGAAGUUCAAGAAAACUAACACAAAAUUUAUUACAUCAUGAGUGUGUGUGAAAAUAACAAUUCUGUGCAGCAGCAGCUCCAACAGCAAAGCCUGCAACAGCAUCAACCAGUAGUUGUAACCCAGCCACAACAGCAGGCUCCAACGCCACAACAACAACAACAGAAUACACAAAGUAUUGCUGAUUAUUUGGCUCAAUUACUUAAGGAUCGCAAACAAUUGGCGGCAUUUCCCAAUGUCUUCAAUCACGUGGAACGUCUGCUCGAUGAAGAAAUUGCCCGUGUUCGUGCCUCACUAUUUCAAAUAAAUGGUGUAAAAAAAGAACCUCUGAUGUUGCCUGAACCAGAGGGUGCAGCGGUGACAUUAAAUGAAAAAGUCUAUGUACCUGUGCGAGAACAUCCAGAUUUCAAUUUUGUUGGUCGAAUUUUGGGUCCUCGCGGCAUGACAGCCAAACAAUUGGAACAAGAGACCGGCUGUAAAAUAAUGGUCCGAGGCAAAGGCUCAAUGAGAGACAAAAAGAAGGAGGAUGCCAACAGAGGUAAACCUAAUUGGGAACAUUUAUCUGAUGAAUUACACGUUCUCAUUACCGUCGAAGAUACAGAAAACCGUGCCAAAAUCAAAUUGGCCCAGGCCGUUGCUGAAGUACAAAAGUUACUUGUACCGCAAGCGGAAGGCGAAGAUGAACUUAAAAAGCGUCAACUUAUGGAAUUAGCUAUAAUUAAUGGCACAUAUAGGGAUACAACCACAGCGAAAAAUAUGGCUCAAGUGUGUGAUGAAGAAUGGCGUCGUGUGGUGGCUGCUGCCUCAGCGGAUAAUCGCCUUUUGGCUCCUACUCUGCCUGGCUUGGCUACACAGAUGCGUGCUCCCCAGGCGGCACCUUUGGGUGCACCCUUGAUCUUGUCACAGCGCAUGACAGUGCCCACAUCGGCGGCGAGUAUAUUAUCGGGUACCGCAACACCAGCACCAGCUUUUGAAAAUCCCGCCCAUGGCAUGAUCUUUGCCCCCUAUGGUGAUUACAAUAUCUACAAUACCGCCCUGACCGGAAAUCCUCUGCUGACGGAAUACGCAGAUCAUAGCGUUGGUCGAUAUUUGCAUGCCGGCUCCGUCUUUUGAAAUAGAUUUCAAUUAGAAUAAUUAAUUCUAAUAUUUAUAAUUAAUAAUUGUUUUUCUGAUCUACAAAACUACAACAACAACAAUACAAAAGAACAAAAAUCCAAGAUUUUCCCUACACCAACACAACUCUGCUCCAUUGUAGUUAUAUAGAAAAAUUAAUAUAAUUUUAUAUUUGAAAUAUCGCAGAUUAUAGAUCAAGCUUAAAAGAAACUCGAUCUUUUCAAAACAAUAUUCACUAUACAAGGGAUUAGUGUUUUGUAUUUUCAAUUCAAUUGUUUGGCGCUGACAACCAAGCAACAGACAAAGCCACCACUAUAAUAAAUUUUAUUAAAUUAUUGCUCGUAAACUCAUAGGUGUAAUUUUAUUAUAGUUUUUUUUUUUUGAGAAAAGAAGCAGAAAAACCAAUACAAUAUAUAGAAAUGCAAAAAAAAAUACACAAUUUUUUUUUUAAAUUUAAGUUUCUAUACUUCUAUAACAAAAUACUUUGAAAGAAAAACUUUUGAAAUUUAGAAACUUGUUAGGAAAAAAGUGAUUUUUAUUAUAUUUUUCUUUUCCGGUUUGUAUUUUAUAAUUCUACCUAAAGGGAGAUGAUUUUUUUUUUUAAUUUUUUAGUAUUUUAUUUAUCUUCUAUACUUUCCUAUUCUCUAUUUUUUUUAUAUAUUUUUUAAAUACAAAACAAAAUGAGUAUAUUCUAGUUAAAUGGUAAACAAAACAAACAUUUCUUUAAAAUCUAAAAAACAACCUUGUAUGUGUUUAUAUAGGAUUUUUUAUUUGUUGUAAUGUAUUAUAUAUAGUUAUACUUGCAUGUUGUAAGAACUUUUAUAUUUAGGAAGUUCUCAACUCAAAUAUUAAAAAAAGAAAAAAGUAUUUAAAAAGCUUUCAUAGGCUUACUUUACUGUACUCUCUCUCUCUCUAUUUCUCAUGCACUUGCUGCAAUUCUGUAUUCAUAUCUAUUAUAUACUUUUUAUUAUAUUUAAGUUUAGUAUUGAAGUUAUUAUUAUUAUUUUUCUGUUUUGGUUAUGGGUCUUUUCUAAGAACUAUUUUUUCGAUUUUGUCUCUUUCUUUUCUAAGAAGCAUCGCCAUAUAACGUCUCAAAAUAUUAGAAUUAAGCGGCAAAUUCUAAAUACAAUACUUUGAUUUAAGUCAAAGUAUUUAGAAUAUCAAAGGAAAUAGGGAAUAUGGCAGGAGGAAAUUUUACAAAUUAGUUUCAUUUAUUUCAAUAUUUAAUGUUAUUUAUAAAUUUUAAAAUCUGUUUCGAUCAGUUUGAAGUCGGUAUGCACUUUAACAAAAAGCGUAGCAUAUUUUGGGGCGUUAUCAUUAACUAUUCGCUAUAUAAAAAGCCAUUAGACAAUCCCACGCUGCAAAUAAGAUAAUUUUUUGGAAAUAGAGAAACACAUUCUCCAUUUUUUUCCUUUUGACGAGCAAAUUAUAUUUUAAGGAUAACAUGUUCAGCCUCCAGGUCCAAAAUGGUAUGUGUUAUUUUCUAAGGGAUGUGUUUAAGGAUUUUACGUCCUAGAAUGCAAUUUGUAAACAUAGUAAACAUUUAUAUGGCAUUCAUAUUGUUGAAACACAAACUGUACCCUGCACUGCGAAUGUGGCAGUGAUCAAUCGCCUCAUAAAUGCUUCCUGAUUUGGUUUAAUCAAGUCCGUCUGUCAGUGUUUCGAUUCCGUUUCAUUUGUAGGUCUCAUUUGUUAUCCAAUCAUAGAGAAAUUUGUAUAGUUGCAAGCUGCACGUAUGUAAUUUGCCGGUAUUUUGACCCUAUCCCGUACAAUGGUUUUCUUCAGCUCACCCAAUUUAGUCCUGACCUUGCUCUCAAACGUGACAAAUAGAAAAGUCCACUGGAUUGGCAAAAAGCGCAUUGAAAUCCACUGUGUGGACAAAAUGAAGUGCAGAACAUGGUUUUUUGUGCCAUUCUUGACCUAUACGUGCUUUUUGUGGCGGUGCCAAGUCUUGUCUAUAAGUCCAUUAUCUACGACCGAAAUGUUUACAUGCCCACAGUUUGAAAGCAGCUUUCUAAAUGUUUUACCGAUAACACGUCUAAUUUACUUUAACGCCGGGCUCGAUAAAGGAGAUUGCAGAACUCUCACAGCUGCCCUUACCAUAACUGAAGACAGAACAUUCGGAUGGCAGUUUGUGGGCUCAAAUUCUCUUACUUGCGCUUUCUUACGUUCCUUUUGGGAAUUGAGGAAUUUCUGUAUUUGGAAAUUUUUCUCAUAUGUUCGGAAAACAGAGCCCCUUUGCUCUUUCGAAGGAAAUUUUUUAGCUUGCCGUAAGAUUGCGCCCCUUUUGGCACCUUUACUUCAUAUACAAUUUGCAUCCUUUCAAGGGAUAUUUUCAGAUCUUUAGCUUUUUGAAUGCCUCUACGGCGUGUAUUUCGUUUUGGAGGCUUGUAAACAAUACAAUAAGUUGUAAAAAAACAAAUAUCAUAUAGCUGUUAUUUCUAGUUUGACAGAUAUAACGAUGGGAAUUUAGUAACACCAAGUGUCAACUAACCUGUAAAAUUUUACAUAUCUGGGGCUCAAUUCUCUUUCUAUGAAAACAUGAAAUAAAAAAUAUUUUAAUUUUUGUUUUCAUAUGAAAACAUGCUGACAAAAUGUCUUUUUGUUUUUAUGUUUACCCAAAACAAGAAUAGAAAAUGUUAUGAAAACGUAAACUUUUCAUUUUGUGUUUUCAUAGAAAGAGAAUUGAACACCUGGUUGUAACUUCGGUUUCGAUUUUUUUUCUAAUUUUUUUAAGUAAUUUAAAAAUUUUAAAGGUCUAUACAAUUUUUUAACUCACAAUUUAUAUUUUCCUCCUACUAUAAUUGAUUUUUUCUUUUGUAGUUUGCAAAAAAAGGCCAUAAUAACUUAAAACAUUGACCACCAUACAGCAAAAGAAAAAAUUUUACAUAGAAUUAGUUGUUAGAAAAUCAGAUAAAUAUGUAAUUUAUUAAGUUGUAGUCUUAUGGUAAGGAACCCGUUUGAAUUUUCCAAUUUGUGCCAUGUUAUUACACAAACACACCCAAACACAAAAACUUUAUUUCAAUUAAUAGUCAUUUUUUAUUAGAAGUACUUACACACAACUCAGCUCAGCUCUUACAUUACAAGAAUAUGCCGAACAGAUAUCUUAUGUGUAUUUUAUUAAUUUAUUAUUUUUUUAUUUAAUUUUAACAUUAUUUUUAAUAUAACAACAGCUUUAAGAAAUCGUUGUGACAUACAAAACAAAACUUGUGACAAUUUCUACGGUUUACUAAUAGAAGCUUACAUCACUUGGCGAAAACAAAAAGUGGGAAGGCCCUAUUAACAUUGAGAAUAUAAAAAUGUGACGGUUAAAAAUGCCCUAAAUGAGAGAAAGU